UGACGGUCAUACUCAAUGGUGGGGAGGGAGGCAGCGGCGGCACAACAGUGACACUUGCGUGAGGCGCGAGCCAUGGCGCGGUGCGUGGCCCUUGCCCUGUUACUGGAUCACUUCAUGCUGUUGUGAGGCCAGGCCCCGAAUUAUUGAACGUAUCGGUGCCUCAGCCCGCCAGUCUGAAAAGCCUCGGCCAGUUGAAAAGGUAGAAAAAUAUAAAGCAUAUGUGGAGGAACUGUAGAAAAUUAGAAAAAUGGAAUGGAAAAGGUGGAAGAGGAAAAAAAGAGGAGAAGAAAUGAAGCCCAAAAGAAAAGACUUGGAAGAGAAAGAAGAACAAGAGGAGGAGUGAGGUGGGAGCCAGACAAAUAAUAUGAAGUCAGUUGGUUAGGUUUCAAUUUCUUUUGGGAGGCAGCUGAAUACCUCUGGGCCCUGGAUGCCGAGGCUGACCGACAGUUGCGUUCUGGCUUUCAGGAUCGCACAGGAGAACGCAGAUACAAAGGCUACACUGACAGUGCCCACCGGUUUCCUCUCCUAAGUCUUUGGCUGCCACGGCCUCUGAGUGGUGCACACUCCAUCUGCAUGUUUGGAAGGACUCGUGUAGGGUGAUGGGGCCGUCAGUGGUGAGAGGGCUGUGUACAGUCCUGGUGGCGGCCUGCGUGGGGGGCUGUCUGGCAGCAACAAAGCUGUCAUCUUGUCGCCUUGGCUUCGACAAUGGCUCAGAAAUCAACCUCAUGAAGGUGGCUGCCGGGCUGCUAGAUGCUCCAAGAUUUAAAGAUGUCACCCCAAGAAACACAUCUGAUAACAACAGAUAUUCAUACAACCCUUGCUACUCCUACGUGUACCCGCCGGAAGGAGAGGCAAUGGCCUGCAGUAAAGAUGUUGCGGUGUGUCAGGGCAGUUCCUAUGGAUACUUCAAUCUUGGGACUCAGAGCUCUGCCACUUUCCACUACAGCAAUGAAACCAACAAUUGGGUGAUAACUUACAGUAACUCCAAUGGUAAUAGGGUGACGCAUGUAUUCUUGCAGUGCCACAACGGCAGCACCGACACUCUAGACGUAUGGGGGGAGACCGAGGAGAACAGUGUAUAUAAAAUGACACUUAUUUCCCGCUGUGCCUGCAUCGGCGGUUGUGGCUUCCCCAUCCUUCCCCGAGGCAUGUCUCUGGGCUCAUUUCUGCUGCUGCUGUUCCUGGUGCUGGUCCUCACUUACCUUCUUGUUGGCUACCUUUACCGGCGCUGUGUGGUCGGCGCCAGAGGAAUAGAACUCAUGCCACACCUCAGCUUCUGGAGGGAAUUCCCAUAUCUUGUACAGGAUGGAUUUUUGUUCAUCAUUAAGUGUGGACAAGAUGACUUGACAUAUGAAAGGAUAUGAGGGAAGAGAAGUUGACACAAGUACCUUUUCCACCAGUCUAACUCUGUGCUACUUCAUUCUGCAUUUGUCUCAUUAGUAACCAUUUUAUGCUGUAUAUACUAAUAUGUAUGAAUGAUGUACAUAUAUUUCAGUCACAUUUUUAGUAUCAUUUCAUUAUUUGUUAGGUUUAAUGAAGAGUCAUUUGACAUGAAUCAAGUGUUGUGUAUGAUGCAAUAAUGGUUGGCAUUUUUUAUUUAGUGUAACCUCAAGCCUAUGGGGGAAUGUUCUGAACUGUAAGUGGUAUGUUAGGUCCAUCCAUGAGGACUCGAGUCACUGUCAUCACAUUCUGGGUGGAGUCGUAUCACAGAGGGACUGCUGGAGGAAGUGGAAGCUAAUGUUUUUUUGUGUGGGAAAUAUUGUAGGCUUUUAUCUUGUUCUGAUUUUAAUAAAUGAUAAUGAAAAUAUCAAUAAAAGUCAUAAUUGGAAUUUUAAAUCACUUGAAAGGCAGAAGAUGAGAGGAAUGAUAAAAUGCAGUAAUCAUAAAAUGGAAAUUUAAAUAGGAAAUGUAAUGGGAUUUUAUAUCUUAAAAGCAAUGCUUGUUAAGUACAUGUAUUUCCCAAUGUAAUUUUACACCAUGCUUAUUGAAGCUUCAUGUUAACAAGUGAUGAGAUUGCUGUUCUCCUCAUGAAUGGUAUCUAUCCAUCUGUCUAUCUAUCUUCAGUGCUCUGCACCCUUGUGAAAACAUCUCCGAGGGAAGCCACAGCAGAAGAUUGUCCUUGUUUUGGCUUUCCAUCUCAGCACACUCAGUCCCUAAUCUCUUGCAUGCCAACUCUCAAGUAUUCAUCCACUCUAUUGAUCCCAUUCACUGGUGACCUCCCCAUGAGUACCAUCUUAACCAGUCCUGCCCUCAUACACUCUUCUCAAACUCAUCCUUACUUAUUCUCCUCACCUGUCCAGACCAUCUCAGAGCACCACACUUCACUCACUCAACCACUUCACAAUCCACUCCUUUGGCUGUCAACGUUCUCCAUCCCAUCUUGACAACACAACAUGCACCUCUUAUAGGCAUCAUUUCACUACACACAUUCGUGAUUGCUGUGCUACAUUCCACGUUCAUACCUCUGAUGUAUGCAACAAUUUGGAGGGUAGUGCUAUUUCUUGUACCCUUCUUUACUCCCAUGCUCACACUCCACGCUUUCUUAGCCCUCCAGCACUCCUAUGGCAUUACCUGUCACUCCGUCACUGCUCUCUCCCUUACCUCCCUCUUCAUGCUGCCAUACCUACACAGAACCAUCCCUAAGGACUCAGAUUCAAUCACUUCUAAGACAGCAGCAUUUACUUCAACAAGUUAACAAGAGCCAGUUCUUUGCAUUUAAUAAGCUCCCAUUCUCGUGGCUUACUACAAUCACAUUUUCCUGUGGAUGUGUGCAUACAUAACAAUGUCCUGUGUUUUAGAAAUACCUUUUGGUAAUUGUAAUGAAUGAUGUAAGAGCCACAGGACAGCACCUCUUCCUUAAAUAUUUCCAUAAAAAAAUGGUUAGUGAGUUUAGAAGUAGGCCAGCAAUUGUUUAAAAUCUGGCCAUCCAAACAAUACUCCUUAAUGUUAUGAAAAUAGUGCUCGUCAUAGUGGACAUAUCCUAUAUUUUUUGCCCUCCUGGGGCACAGGACAAGGUACCUUGGUGGUGGCUUGUUGGACUCACAAUCAAAAGCUGGUGCAUUUAACAUUGAGACGAGGUGUUACAAUGUGAGGCACUUCCCUGUAUGUCUGGCAGGGCUGUCUGGCCUUGGAUGUGAGGGUCAGAGUGUCUUAACAUCCUUUUCUACUCUCCUUGUAAUGACUAGCAUAUUUAUACAUUGUGUACACUAUGUGCGUAGGUACAGUGGAAGUGUGACAGCCAUCACUCUUGUAUGGACGUGUCUCCCCCACUCAUAUUUGUUACAGUCAUGUGUUGAUACUAGAAGUUGUGCUGAUUCUGCAUCCCUUUUGGUAAUGAAUUCUGUAACAUUGGGUAUGUCCCAAGGUGGUAGUAUUUUCAUACAUGGAUGCAGAGAGUGUUUCUGAAGAAUUUUUACUUUUUUAUGAACAGAAAUAGUCACAGAUUAAGAUCGACGCCACAUGACCGUGGUAGUUAUGACACCAUUAGUCAGUCACAGGUCGAGAGCCUUCACAAUAGUUUUAUUAAGGUUGAACACAGAUAUUAAUACAUAUUAUAGGUUACUGAAACCCACGUUUCACAUAGUCAUUACAUUUAUGCAUGACAAAUAUGGUGCCUUGCCACUUUUAAGAUCAUGUAAUAUAUUUUUUUACAAACAUUGUAUGUACUUUCAAACUUGUCAAAUAAAAAAAUAUACUAUCUUUGACUAGACAUGUGACAUUUGGAAGGAUGAUGCCCAAGCAAACUUGAGGUCCUGCACAAUAUAGUUUUCCCAAGCUGAAAGUGAAAAUGAUAAAAAGAAAUCCCAAUGUUUGGCAAAAUCAGAAACCUACAGGUGCAUGAUUUCUUUUUCAUUAAUUAUCUUACACGACUUAUCCCAAGCUGGGCCUCAGAUGUCUUGGUAAUCAAGCUUUCUAAUCCUGUUAUACAAUGAUAUUUUCCAUUCAUUCAUCAGGUACUUUCUCCAAAUAAACAUACACCAAACAGAAGAA